AUGAUUUUGUGGCGUUUUAUCCAUGGUCGUAUGCCUACAGAUGAAAACCUCCGGACGCGGGGAUGUGUCAUAGUUUCUGCUUGCUGCUUUUGUUUAAAAACCGUUGAAACAUCUGAUCAUACAUUUCUUCAGUGCCCUUUUGCAAUUAAUCUCUGGAACUUGCUUGGUGGUAAGCUUAACUAUUUGAUAGAUUGUACUUCAGCUCUUUCGCUUUUAUCUUGCAUUCCUGCUCAUUGUUCUUCUCAGAUAGCGGAUAUUUUCCUAGCAGCCGUGAUUCACACCGUGCAUACCAUUUGGCUUGCUCGCAAUAACAUUUGGUUUUCCUCGACAGCUACAACCUUUCACUCCGCAAAGGUCCGCAUUCACUCCUGGGUAGCCUCGUCUGGUAAUUCCUCGAUUGGGAAAUGUUUGCCUUCGGAUUCCCAUUUCCUCGAUUCUUUUGCGGUUGCUGCCCAUUGUCGCACUGUUAAAGAGAUCAUUCCGGUGUUGUGGAAGGCUCCAUUCCCUCCUUGGUUGAAAGUUAAUACUGAUGGUUCUGUUAUCGCUGGCCAUGCGGCUUGUGGUGGCCUCUUUCGUGACUCUAGGGGCUCUUUUCUUGGUGCUUUCUGUUGUAACGUUGGGGAGGCAUCGGUUUAUCAUUCUGAAGUCCUUGCUAUUAUUUUAUCCAUGGAGCGUGCGUCCUCUCGUAGAUGGCGAAAUCUUUGGUUGGAAAGUGACUCAUCUAGUGCUUUGUUGAUUUUUUCCAACCCUUCUUUGGUGCCCAUCUUGCUUCGAAACAGGUGGCAUAAUGCCCGUAACCUUGGUAUUCAGAUUAUCUCUUCUCACAUCUUUCGUGAAGGUAACCGUUGUGCGGACAAAUUAGCAACUUUGGGUCAUGCUAUACAGGGAUCAGUUUGGUUGGAUGUGCUUCCUCCGGAUUUGCUUUUUGACUUCGUUCGGGAUAGACUAGGCUUGCCUAACUACAGAUUUCCUUAG